AAAGGAAGAUGUUUCAGUGCAGCUGAGAAAGUAUUUGGCUGACCAAGGACAGGAUGAGUUACCAGAGAAAAUGGUGAUAAUCUGGAAUAAGAAGAUGAGAAAAACAGCAGGGUAUUGUGUAACUGGGCAGACAAAAGGUCCUGAAGCAAACCGUUAUGCUCGCAUAGAGCUUUCUGAGAAAGUCUGUGACUCUGCAGUUCGUCUUCGAGACACUCUGGUUCAUGAGGUUUGCCAUGCAGCCACCUGGUUGAUCAAUGGUGUUCGUGAUGGGCAUGGACAAUUCUGGAGAUUCUAUGCCAAAAAAUCAUCAGUGAUUCAUCCAGAACUGCCAGUAGUAACACGAUGCCACAGCUAUGAGAUUAAUUACAAAUUCACCUAUGAGUGUGUUCAGUGCAAAGCUACGAUUGGACGUCAUUCGAAAUCUCUGGACACAAAGCAUUUUGUGUGUGCAUUCUGUGGGGGGCAGCUGGUCCUGAGUCAGCCUGCUCGGAAGGAUGGCACUCCUGCCAGGACACAGCUAACACCCUUUGCAAAGCAUGUGAAAGAAAACUAUGCCCUUGUUAAAAGGGAGCAAGAUGGGCUGAGUCAUGCAGAAGUCAUGCGGAAACUCAGUGCUGAUUUUGCUUUAAAAACAAAGCUUCAAGAUUCCUUGUAAUAGCUCAAUACACUUUUUUCUUAAAUUUUGUAUGUUGAUGUAAAUGAGUCUAAUAUGAGUAUAAUAAUGCAUUUUGGAAAAAUCCAGAUAAUUUUAAUAUUUUAGCAUUCAAGCCUAUUUUCUAAAAUGGGCAAAUGUGAGCUAGAAGUAAUGGUGAUAGAAAGUCCAUAGUGAUUUACAAGUCAGGGUAUUGUUCUUAGACUUCAGACAGAAAAUACCAUCUGUGCCUUGGAAGAUGCAGUUCUAGGCCCUUAGUGGGACUGACUGUGUCUGGAAUUUUCUGAAUUACAAUUUACACAUAGCGCUUCAUAGCAUGUCUUCAGUGAGCAGUGACAUUAUAUGUGUCAGCUACACAGAUAAAAGAAAAAACUCUGUAUGUGCUGAAGAAUUGCUAGCUGUACAUCUGUCUGCUAUUGCCACGUGCAAGAAAAUCCAGGACCACAAGCCAAAGUCCUCUGAUUCUGUCUGGAUGGCUUCCAGGUGAGAAAUGGGGCAGAUCUGAGGAUGACUUCAGUAUGAGUUCAGACAUUCUUGCAAAAAGA